GGCCCACUAUACUGUUUAUUUGACAUCCAAUCUGUUUAUUAGGUCAUACAGUCUCAGAUGAAGAGAAAAAACAAAGAUCAGCUUGAUCCAAAACUUUUAUGGUCCCCAAAAUGUUUUUAAUGGUCAACCCUCAUUCAACACUGUUUCCUGUAAUGUGGUCCACUUGAGAUUUGGAUAUAUCUCAUUUUUGGAUUCAUACCGUAAAAUUAUCUGUAAAAAUAGAUGGACGGCAUGGAUGAAACAAAUACAUCAUGGUGGGUCCCACAUAGCACCGACCAUCAGCCAUUGGCUGGUGUAAGGGGGUGUAGCCAAUUCGUUCCCGAGAAGCAACGGCACUCAACAAUCUCGGCAGAUCUGCUCACCGAAAUCAUCCCUUCUCCUUUCCUCCCUCUAUAAAUGCAGUGAUUCUCAGUCUUAGAGGAGCAGUGGAUACGAUACGAGUAAAAGGGUGGUGAGGACAAGCAGAAAAAAAGAUGAAGAGAUACUUAGCUUCUCAACUCCUUAUCUCUCUGCUUCUUCUCAUUUCCUUCUCCGUAUCCGCUUCUAGAUUUUUACGUUCAGAAAAUGAUACUAGACGAAAUCUUCUCACCAAUGGUGUUGGCAGGACGCCUCCAAUGGGGUGGAAUAGUUGGAAUCACUUCUGGUGCGGUAUUAAUGAGACAAUAGUCAGAGAAACUGCCGAUGCUUUGGUAUCAACUGGCCUUUCCAAGCUUGGAUAUGAAUAUGUUAAUUUAGAUGAUUGUUGGGCUGAGUUGAAUCGUGACUCAGAGGGUAAUUUUGUUGCUAGAAAAUCGACGUUUCCAUCAGGUAUUAAGGCUCUUGCAGAUUAUGUACAUAGCAAGGGGCUUAAGCUCGGAAUUUAUUCGUCUGCAGGGUAUAAGACAUGUACCCAGACUCAACCAGGGUCACUUGGUUAUGAAGAGAGAGAUGCCAUGACCUUUGCUUCAUGGGGAAUAGAUUAUUUAAAAUAUGAUAAUUGCUUCUUCGAUGGUACUAAGCCGAUAGUUCGAUAUCCUAAAAUGACACGAGCACUAAUGAAGACGGGCCGUCCAAUCUUUUAUUCUCUCUGCGAAUGGGGGGAUAUGCACCCGGCUCUGUGGGGCGAUAGAGUUGGAAACAGUUGGAGGAAUACUAUGGACAUUGUUGAUAACUGGGACAGCAUGGUUUCUAGAGCUGAUGCAAAUGAAGUGUAUGCUGAGUAUGCAAGGCCUGGUGGCUGGAAUGAUCCAGAUAUGCUUGAAAUAGGAAAUGGAGGGAUGACGAAUGAUGAGUACAUAGUCCACUUCAGCAUUUGGGCUAUUUCUAAGGCUCCCCUUAUAAUUGGAUGCGAUCUCCGGAGUGCUAGUAACGAAACAUUGGCAAUCUUGGGCAACAAGGAGGUCAUCGAUGUUAACCAAGAUCCUCUUGGCGUUCAAGCGAAGAAGGUUAGGAUGAUAGGAGAUUGUGAGGUUUGGGCUGCACCCUUGACGGGCUAUAGGAUGGCUGUGCUUUUUGUAAAUCGGGCACUCUUUGCAUAUGGCAUCCCAGCUCAUUGGGAUGACCUUGGUCUCCCACAAGACACGGUGGUCCAAGUGAGAGAUCUCUGGAAGCAUGAGACGUUGAAGAAGACAUACAAGAACAAAUUCGAGCCCACGAUUGCUUCGCAUGCAUGCAAGAUGUUCGUGUUGACACCGAUAUCUUAGGAAAUCCCA